AGCCGUUAGGGGCCCGAGCUCUCUGGCCCGGUGCACCGCCGGGCGCAGGCGAGGGCAGCGCCGUGCCCCGCGUGGCCAGCCCCUGCCGAGCACAGCCCCCGCCCGCCCCGCCAGCCUCGGGACGGCACCCCCGCCCCGCCAGCAGCCAUGGUGCGCCCGAGGCCGGGCUGCAGGGCUCUGGCGCUCCUGCUCGUGGGCGCCAGGCAGGCCUGGGCCCAGAUCAGGGUCAUGUCUCCGCGGUCGCUCGUGAGCAGCCUGGGCGACCACGGCAGGAUCGUGGGCUCCACCGCCACCUUCGGCGCGCCGUACUUCGGCCAGCGGGUCCUCGGCAAGCUGGUGUACGUGGAGGAUCACGCCACGGCCCCGCACUGCACCAAGGACUACGCCCUGGACUUCUGUGCGGAGUCCACGCAGCAGGCCGCGCAGGACGGGCUCGCGGAGGGCGAGGCGAAGCUGAUCAACAUCUUUGUGAUUCGCCGCGGGGGCUGCUCGUUCGUGACGAAGGUCAAGGUUGCGGCAGCGAAGUGCGCGCACGCGGCGAUCAUAGUCGACAGGGCGGACUCCAAUCUCACGGCCGAGGACUUGAAGCACAUCGUUGUGGCGGAUGACGGGUACGGUGGGAGUGUCGAGAUCCCGUCGGUGCUCAUCUCCAGGGUCCAGGGCCAGAAGUUGAUCGACGCGCUGAAGGAUGAAGAGAGCAUAGUGGCGGAAUUGGCUUGGGAUAUUCCCACCGACCGUGUCGUGAACGUGGACAUGUGGAUCAGUUCUGCAUCAAGGGAGAGCCUCAGGUUUCUGAAAGAGUUCUCGCCAAAGCGGAGGGUGCUCAAUUCUGUCAUGAGUUUCACGCCGCAUUAUGCGAUCUUCAUGAUGGAUAAGGGAGAUCCAGCCUUGUUCAACGAUCUCUGCGUGCAAGAUGGCCAGUACUGCGCAGAGGAUCCUGAUGGCGCAGGUCCCGUGACGGGCACCGAUGUGAUCGCUGAGGACGUACGCCAGCUCUGCAUCCACGAACUAUACAAAAAGGUGAGCAACGAGGGCCGCGUCCAGUUCUCCCGCGAGUUUUGGGACUACAUGGAGCAGCUCGGGGACGCGUGCCCCGUGGAUGGGACUGGGGAGAACAUGUUCGGCUACAAGUGCUCGGUCAAUCUCAUGCGGAAGAUUGGCAUCAACUCUGACGACGUCAACGAGUGCGCGAGCAGAACCACGGGGGAUAAGCUCAAGGAUCAGCGGGAUCACCCCGCCUGGUCCCCACGCGCCGUGCGCAUCAACGGCUGGCGCUACACGGGCAUGCUGGACCCAGACCUGGUAACGCGCGCCAUCUGCUCCGGCUUCAUCACGGCGCCCGACGAGUGCGACAAGCUGCUGAACCCGCGCGACCCGUUCGGGGUGCUCCACCCCAUGGGGCUGAAGGGCGGGGUCACCUUCGGCCAGAUGGUCGGCUGGAUGGUCGUGACCCUGCUGGUGGCGUUCGGGGCCCUGCUGCUGUACAAGCGGUACCUGAAGAAUGAGAUGCGGAUAACCCUGAGGGAAGAGGUGAUGCUGGAGGUGCGGAGCGCGAUGGGCGAGUACCGGCAGAUGCAGGGCUGACCUGGGCGGCGGGCCCCUGCGCCUGCCAGGGGCCAGCCGGCGACCUGAUGCUGCCCAUCCGCGGCCCCAGAAUGGAGGGGGAGGAGGACGGGACGUAGGAGGGGGACAGGGCAGCCCCUCUCUCGCGGCCUCUCCGCCCCGCGGGGGGGUGCCGCCGGGCCCCCUGCGGUGCAGCCCGCGGGAGACCCCCCGCCCCACCCAGAAUUGACGCGGCAACGUUGGUUGCGGGCCACAGACGCUGCAUGCCCUGAUCGGCCGGCGCGGGAGAGAAGUGAGGGCAUCGGGGAUCUUCUCGGCGGUACCGUCUGGCUUCCUAAGGGAAGGGCGCCGACACGCCCACGCGCACGCGCACCUUCCCCUCUCGCCACGGAGCAAGCGGGU